GUAUGUCCGCCGCUUGUCGGUCUGUGACGGUUCUUUUCAGGUCGGUGCGAUUUGUGUCGACAGCGUGUUUUCCUGUUAGAGCGAACAGAGGAGCGCUGAUGAGGACCAGAACCACAACCAGAACCUGCUCCGCCUGACCCAACACCAAGCCCAUGGAAUCACUGAACAGUGUAGAAGUUCUGACACAUCUCUGAGGAAUGCCAGUUUUCACUGGGAGAAACUCCGUGUCUGGCGAUCCCACAAAUUGUCAGCAUGACCCUGAGAGAAGCCCACUGAACCAAAUAAAACACUCCUGUCUUAAUGAUUGAUGUAAAUGAAGCCAUAUGAAGACAUACUGGGGAUGCUGGUGAGGAAAGGAGAGCAGAAGAAAGCUGUGAUCUGUGUCGAGGGGAACAUUGCCAGUGGAAAGACAACCUGUCUGGACUACUUCAACAAGACGAGCAACAUGGAGGUCCUUACAGAGCCUGUUUCUAAGUGGAGGAAUGUUCAUGGACACAACCCUCUGGCGCUGAUGUACCAGGAUCCACAGCGUUGGGGCAUCACACUGCAGACGUACGUCCAGCUCACCAUGCUGGACACACAUCUGUCAGUCACAUCGGCUCCUGUUAAGAUGAUGGAGAGGUCCAUCUUCAGUGCCAAGUAUAUUUUUGUUGAGAAUCUCUACAGAAGCAGCAGGAUGCCACAGGUGGACUACGCCGUCCUCAGCGAGUGGUUUGACUGGAUCACAGCCAACAUAUGCAUCCCUGUCAGUCUGAUUGUCUACUUGCAGACUUCUCCUCAGACCUGCUACAAGAGAAUAAAUCAUCGAUGCAGAGAGGAAGAGAAGGUCAUUCCACUGGAGUAUCUGGAGUCCAUCCACCAGCUUUAUGAGGAUUGGCUCGUCAGACGGACAUCAUCACCAGUUCCUGCCCCUGUUUUGGUUAUUCCAGCGGAUCACGACCUCCAGAACAUGCUGCAGCGGUAUGAGGAAAACCGGGACAGGAUCCUGGCAGCUAGCCACACGGAUCCCACUACAUGCUAACAGUCACACGGCAGUGCUACAACGUUCCCACUUUUAUUUUUAAACCUUCAAUUUCAGUUAAAAACCAAAUCAAACUCACAAACCAAGUUUUUAUUCCUCUGGUAUUUUUUAAAAAUUCUUUCUUACAUUUGAUCCUCCAUCAACUUGUUAAAGUUGUCAAAUUACUGAGCUAAUGCUAAUGCUGUUACCCAUUAAUUAGCUUUUGACUUGAUGUCAUGAGUUGAUACAUUUUAUGUUUGUUACAAGUUUUAUUUUGCACCUGUUCCGUGUAAAGUGUUUCUGAAAACCACAGAAACACUGACACCUCUGUAGGAGCUGUUGGUGUUCACACAGUGCCAAGAUAAAAAAAAAACAAAAACUUUGUGAACCCUUGAAAUCACAUAAAAAAAACAAA